UUUAGAAGAUGCUGCAGCUUCUGAGCUUAGUGUUAUUAGGAGUUAUCUUCCUCUAUAGUCUUAUAAAUCCUCUCAUCUUCUCUAUUCCUCUUGAGAAGUUUCUUGCUAGGCUUCGAUCUUUGCUUCUCACUAUGUCAUCCAUCAUGUUCACCACAACUAUUUCAACUUCCAUCACCGAAGCUUCAACGAAAGAAGAGAAUAAAGAUAAGAAGAACAAUGCCCAUAGCCACGACAAAGUGAAGCUGGAGAGGAUUUUGGCUACCUUCGACAAGAACGGAGAUGGCUUCAUAACGAAGCAAGAAUUUGGGGCGUCCCUGAAGACUAUGGGUUUGUUCACUACAGAGGAAGAAGUGGAAAGCAUGGUUGCAGAUUUGGAUUCUAAUGGUGAUGGGCUCAUCAAAUCUUGAUGAGUUCUGUGAAUUAUAUGAUUCGAUGGGGAGGAAUUGAGGAAAGAAGGAUGGUGAGGAGGAGGAAGAGGAGGGAAAUGAUGAAGGGGAGAGGGAUUUGAGAGAAGUGUUUAAUGUGUUCGAUGGGAAUGGAGAUGGGAUGAUUACGGUGGAUGAGUUGGGAUUGGUGUUGUCAUCGAUGGGAUUGAAGCAAGGGAUUGGGAUUCAGGAUUGUUGAGAGAUGAUUAAGAUGGUUGAUACG